GAUUGAAGAUUGUUGUCUAUGACUAUUUCCACAUAACACUUUCAUUUAUUUUUCCUUAAAGUAGUGUUUUUAGUCUAUUCUUUGAUUAAGAACAAAGUUUGUUAAUGUCGAUGAGAGUUAGAAGUAUAAUUAAUUGUGAUGAUGGAAGGAAAAGCAAAUGAGCUACCCGAUUUUCAAGUGUUUCGGACGGUAAUAAAAUACUGCUUAUUCAUUAUUAUCGUACCGGUAGUAUCGUUUUUCGUAUCGAAAUUGAUACUUUUCGAUGCUGUGUUUCGUCUUGAAGCUGUAUCUAGUAGCAUAUAUUCUGCUGUUGUAGCGGUAAUCGUGUUACAUGUUACCCUAGGCCUCUAUAUUUACAAAGCCUACGGUGAAUCGGAGAAACCGUCUAAACCCCUCAAAAAGAUUUCUUAAAGUACUUAAUCGCAUACUGAUAUAUUCACAAAAAUGGACAAUCUAUACAUGAAAGGGGAACUUCUUCAACUUCACACAAAAAAUAGUGAAGUUAUCGAAGGCAGAUUUUACAGCAUUACUAACGAUAAGUCAAAGAUAUCGCUAUACGAAGUAAAAGAAUCACCGCAAUCUGAUAAAAAUGAAGGUGUAUGCCAUUACUACGACACAGAAGUUAGAAA